AUGAACAUCGAGGGGGAGGAGAUGCGCAAACCAAUCCGGCUCAUCGCGGCUGCCUGCAGUGACAUGGGCAUAGGAAAGAACGGACAGCUUCCCUGGUGUCUUCCAAAGAACAGAAUAUCAACAUGUCCAGCAGAGAAAACAGAGCUGAGACUUUCAUCUGUCAAUGCUGUUGUUCACGGUUCUGCUCAGAGGAGAAGACAGAGCAAAGAAAGACCACCCAACCUGGGUGAUCUGAGGAUUGUUCUUCUGGGGAAGAACGUGUCAGAAAACAGUCGAGUGGGAAACUUCAUCUUAGGACGAGCAGCGUUUGACAGUGAAGCUCCUCCAGAUGUUGUAGAGAGAGUAGGAGGAAGACUGAAGGACAGACACCUGAUCAUCAUCAACAGUCCUCAGCUGCUCCAGACGAACAUCUCGGAUCAUCAGCUCACACAGACAGUGAGAGAGUGUGUGUAUCUGUCUGAUCCAGGACCUCGUGUGAUCGUGCUGCUCCUCAAACAUGAGCCGUGUUCAGCAGAAGAUCAAGAGUGUGUGGAGAAGGUGCUGCACUCUUUCUCUGAGCGCGUUUAUCAACACACCAUGGUGCUCAGCACACAAGACACCACUGAAACCAGUGGCAUCCUACAGACAAUCAUUCAGAAAUGUGCAAACAGACACUUCAGGCUUCAGAGGAGCAGCUCUCCUGAUGAUCUUCUGCAGAUGUUUGAGGACAUCGUGCAAAUGAAUGAUGGACGUCACCUGGUUUGUGCUGAAGCUUCACAGAAUUUGACAAUGGAGCAACAAACCACAGAGCGACUUUCAGAGGGUGUGAAGCUGAAUCUGGUUGUGUGUGGGAGUGACGGGACAUUAAAAUCCUCCAUAUCAGAGCAGAUCCUGCAGCAGACAGACGUGGAGCUUCAUGGACGUGUGAUCAGUGUAAUAGAGCUUCCAGCUCUGUUCAACACUCGGCUCUCAGAGGAGGACGUGAUGCGUCAGACUCUCAACUGUGUGUCUCUCUGUCAUCCUGGAGUUCAUGUUUUCCUCCUCAUUGUUCCUGAUGCUCCACUCAAUAAUGAAGACAAAGCAGAAAUGGAAGAAAUCCAGAAGAUUUUCAGCUCAAGAAUCAACAAACACAUCAUGAUCCUCAUAAUGCAGGAUUCAGAGCAUCAGACAGCAGAACUCAAUGAAGAAACACAGUCUGUCAUUGAGAGUUUCGGAGGACGACAUCAUUACUUUGGUCCCAGCACACAAGAGUCCACACUGAUGGAGAACAUCGAGCAGAUGCUGGAAGAAAACAGAGGAGGCUUUUUCUCUACAGAGACACUUCUGGAGGCACAGAUGAAAAAACUGCUGCAAUUUGAAGAGAUGAAGAAGAAACUUAAUUCAUUAGAGGCACAUUUACUGUCACAAGUUUCAAGAGAAAACACAGAUGAUGAACUGAGGAUUGUGCUUCUGGGAAAAACUGGAGUUGGGACUGGAAGCACAAUCUUAGGAAGAGAUGCUUUUAAGGCAGAAGCAUCAUUUGAAUCAGCGACUAAAGAGAGUCAGAGAGAAACAUCUGAAAUCAACGGUCGACGUGUUACUGUGAUCGACACUCCAGGACUGUUUGAUACUGAACUGAGUAAUGAGGAGAUCCAGAGAGAAAUCAGACACUGCAUCUCCAUGAUCCUGCCUGGACCACAUGUGUUUCUCUUACUGAUUCCACUGGGACGAUUCACUAAACAUGAGGAAGCAUCGGUGAAGAUCAUCCAAGAGACAUUUGGUGAGAAAUCUUUAAUGUACACCAUGGUGCUCUUCACCAGAGGAGACGAUCUAAAGGACAAAACCAUUGAAGAGUGUUUGGGUAAACCUGGAUCUCCUCUGAUGAAGCUGAUUGAAGCAUGUGGAAACAGAUAUCAUGUGUUCAAUAAUAAUCAGACCGGAGACCGAACACAGGUGUCUGAUCUGCUGGAGAAGAUAGAUGCCAUGCUGAAAGCAAACGGAGGGAGUUUCUACUCAUGUAAGAUGUUCAGUGAGAUGGAGAGAGAAAAACAAGAACAACAGAUGAAGAUCCUGAUGGACAGAGUCAGAGAAAGAGAAGAAGAGAUGAAGCAAGAACGAGAGACAUUUAAACAUGAAAUCGAGCAACUGAAGCAAGAAAACAAGAAAGUAAAAACAGAAAAAGAGAAAUUUCAGAUCAAAUACAACACAGAAACAGAACGACUGAUGAACAGAAUAGAGAACGAGACAAAAAAAGAGAAGAGUUCAAUGAGAGAAGAAGAAUAUAAAACACUGAUGAAAGACAGAGAGGAAAAGGAGAGGAAAAUGCUCGAGCAGAUGAAACAGGAACGAACGCAAUGGGAGAAACAGAAACAAGAUGAAAGACAGAAAAGAGAAGAAGAAAAAAUAGAACAAGAAAAACAGAAAUUUGAACUUUACAAGCAACAACAAAGUCCAGAUAGAGAUUACGGAAUGAUGCAAAAAAGACAAAGAGUUCCUGUCAACAUCCAGGAUACUCCUGUCUCCAGUCUCUCACCCAUAAGGAUUGUGCUGCUGGGUCGUGGUGGUGCUGGGAAAAGUGCAGCUGGAAACACAAUCCUGGGACAGAAAGAGUUCAGAUCUGAGAUAAGUGUGACUGCAGUAACCCGUGAAUGUUCAGCUGCUCACACCACUGUUUCAGGCAGAUCUGUGUCUGUAGUUGAUGCUCCUGAAUUCACUUACAUCAACACUGAGCAGUCAAUGACAGAGAAAAGGAGAAGUGUUUAUUUAUCCAGUCCUGGACCUCAUGCUUUCCUCAUUGUGUUUCCUCUGAAUAUGUGGUUCACUGAACAUGAGCAGCAGAUUAUUCAGAAGAUUGAGAUGAUGUUUGGUCAGGAGGUGUUAAAAUACUCCAUCAUUCUCUUCACUUAUGGAGAUCUGCUGAAAGAAGAAACCAGUGAGGAACUCAUCGAGAAGAACUAUGUUGUAAGACUUGCAGUACAGCAGUGUGGAGGCAGAUAUCAGGUGUUCAACAACAGAGAUCAGAAUAACAGAAAGCAGGUGAAUGAUCUGCUGCAGAAGAUUGACACAAUGAUCGAGCAGAACGGAGGAGGACACUACAGCAAUCAGAUGCUUGAAGAUGAUCUGAGAUUCAGACGAGAGGAGAAACAAAGACAGUAUUGUGUCUGUAGUUGAUACUCGUGAUUUUUUCACAAAAAUAUUCAAACCUGAAAGUGUUUAUUUAUCCAGUCCUGGACCGCGUGCGUUUCUCAUUGUUUAAGGGCAGGUCUGUUAGAAGAGAGCACAGAGAACCAGACUGAGGUGAACAGUAAUGAGAUGUCUGAAGAUGCUCUGAGAUUCAGAUGAGAGGAAAGAAAAAACAGUAAAUCUAUGAUAGAUGAAAACACACAGACUGAAUAAGUGAUUGCUAAAAGAAAAGAAGCCACUAGUGAUGUUUUGCAUAUGCUCUUAAAGGGGUAGUUCACCCAAAAAUGAAAAUGUGAUGUUUAUCUGCUUACCCCCAGGG